ACUCCACCAGCGCAGCGUUAAUGUUUAGCCUGAUAACUCUGCUCUCAGGGGGCAGGAGCCACAGUGCUUUUCUUCAGCCGCUCACAUUCACUUGCACUUUUAUGCGUUUGAUCGAGCGACAAAAUGGAGGAGACGUUCGAGGAGAAAGUUCUUAUGGAAGUGAAAGUCCCAGACGAUGAACAAGCAGGGAUCGGACGCCGGCUCCGGGAUCGAGAUCUGCUGAGGAAGAGGAAAGCUGAAGCGGAGGAGCGAGCGACUAACCAGUGGGUUUAUGGAGCUCAGAGCAGUAAGCGAGCAAAGCGAGAGACAAACAAUGUUUCGAGGAAGAAAGGCAGACCGAGGAAGAACGUCCCUGUAAAGGAACAACAGCCAGAAAUGCCUGAAGUUCAAGAUGUGGGUGAAAUAGAUACACCCAGCCAUGCAGAUGAGAUGAUUACUGCUCCCCAUCCUGCUCCUGUUCCUGAUCCAGUUUCUGCUCCGAUUUCUGACUCGAUUCCUGCCCAAGACACGGCUCUGGAUCUUCCUCGGAUGCCUGCUCUGGUUCCUGUCCCUAUCCCUCUUUCUGCUCCUGAUGUGACUCCAUCAGAGAUGAAACCCAGCAGUGAAGCUCUUCUUCAAGAGGUUUUGAUUGAAGAUCUCGGCCCUGAUGAGGAUGAAGACAAAGCAGUGUCUGAAGAUAAACUUAUAAUCGAUCAAGGUGUUGAAGAACCAUCAGCCAUCGAUGUCGCUGAACAGACUAAAGUCUUCUCAGAUACAGUGUUAGCGUCACCAGAGUCUGAAUCUCUACCUGGAAACUUAAUCUAGCUGAUCCCCAACCAAUCCCAGAUAUCACAAUCACAUUGUAUUUAUCUGGUUAGAAUUUUUUUUAUUAAAUUUGUAAAUGAGAAACUAGACCAAA